AUGAAUGACAAAAACUUGGCAUUGACUUCUCAGCAGCGGAAACUUCCUGAAUGGAUGUCUAUGGACAAUAACAUGUGUUUUGUGGAAAAAAGAAAGUCAUCUAUUCAGAAGAGUGUUUUUGAAGAUAAACUCCCCUUCUUAGAAUUCAGUGGAUCUAUUGUGUACAGUUAUGAAGCUAGUGAUUGUUCUUCCUUAUCAGAAGAUAUUAGCAUGAAUCUGUCCGCUGGAGAUGUGAUAGGAUUUGACAUGGAAUGGCCACCAGUGUACAGUAAAGGCAAACUAAGCCGAGUUGCUCUAAUUCAGUUAUGUGUGUCAGAGAGCAAAUGUUACUUGUUUCAUAUUUCUUCUAUGUCAGUUUUCCCUCAGGGAUUAAAAAUGUUGCUUGAAAAUGAAGCAAUUAAAAAGGUAGGUGUAGGAAUUACAGGAGACCAGUGGAAACUCCUACGUGACUUCAACAUCAAAUUGAAGAGUUUGGUGGAACUGUCAGAUAUUGCCAAUGAAAAGCUGAAAUGUACAGAGACCUGGAGCCUCAAUGGUUUGGUUAAACACAUCUUAAGUAAACAGCUUUUGAAAGACAAGAGUAUCCAGUGUAGCAAUUGGAGUAAUUUCCCUCUCACUGAGGACCAGAAACUGUAUGCAGCCACUGAUGCUUAUGCUGGUCUCAUCAUUUUUCAAAAAUUAGAAAGUUUGGGGAAUGCUGUGCAAACGUUUGCUUUCAAUAACGAGGAGAAAACACUACCUAGUGAUGUGAAAAAACACUUGAUUUCAAUCUCUGAAGAGAUGAUGGAUCUGGCUAAGCAUCUUCCUGACACAUUCAGAAAAUUGGAAAAUCCCCAGAGGGUUUGUAUGCUUUUGAAGGAUAUUUCAGAAAAUGUGUGUUCAUUGAGGAAGACAAUACUUGGUUCUACCAACACUGAGAGAGAACUGAGGCCAGCCAGUAAUUUUAACUUGACAGUAGAUGAUCCAACUGCUGCUGUAAUACAACAGGAAGAAAAUAUAGAACAAGAUAUGUUUGCUAAAGAUGAGACCUGGAACACAUCAGUUGAUAAUUUAAUUAAACAUGAUGGAGAAAAUAUACUUGAAAAUGAAGUAAAACAUGAAGAUGGAUUAGAAAAUGAUAAACUGAAAGAGAAUUCAGAAAGAAUUUGUUUGAUGUCAUUAGAUAUUACAGAGCAUGAACUCCAACUCUUGGAACAGCAGGCUCGAGAAGAAAAUCCUAGUGUUGUUACUAACACAUCUUCUGAGUUAAAGGUUUUAUCUUCCCAAGAUAACAAAGAAGAUAUAUCUUAUGUAAUUGAAAGUGAUGAAGAUUUAGAAAUGGAGAUGAUUAAGUCUGUAGCAAACCUCAGUAGUGACAUGGUAGAUCCAAUUCAUUCUAAAUGGUUAAACGUGGAACAGAAUCUUGGUUUCCCUAUUGAUGAAAAUGAUGAAGAUGAAAAUGAAGAUAUUAUAGAGGAAGAAGAUGAGGAGUGUAAGUAUUACAUACCAGAACCCAGUGCAAAACAAGUUAAUUGCCUUAAAACCUACUUUGGCCAUUCCAGUUUUAAGCCCGUUCAAUGGAAAGUGAUUCAUUCUGUAUUGGAAGAAAGAAAAGAUAAUGUUGUUGUCAUGGCAACUGGGUAUGGAAAGAGUUUAUGCUUCCAGUAUCCACCUGUAUAUGCAGGCAAGAUUGGCCUUGUCAUUUCACCUCUUAUCUCUUUGAUGGAAGACCAAGUGCUCCAGCUUGAAAUGUCCAAUAUUCCAGCUUGUUUCCUUGGAUCAGCACAAUCAAAAAAUAUUUUAGAGGAUAUUAAAUUAGGCAAAUAUCGCAUUGUAUAUGUAACUCCAGAAUUCUGCACAGGUAACAUGAAUCUCUUUGAGCAACUUGAAGCUAGUAUUGGUAUCACACUUAUUGCUGUGGAUGAGGCUCACUGUAUUUCAGAGUGGGGGCAUGAUUUUAGAAAUUCGUUUAGGACUUUGGGUUCUCUCAAGGCAAUACUCCCAUUGGUUCCAAUUAUUGCACUUACUGCUACUGCAAGUUCUUCAGUCCGGGAAGACAUCAUACAAUGCUUGAAACUAAAGAAUCCUCAGAUUACAUGUACGGGGUUUGAUCGACCAAAUUUGUACUUAGAAGUUGGACGAAAAACAGGAAAUAUCCUUCAGGAUCUGAAACAAUUUCUUAUAAAAAAGACAAGUUCGUCCUGGGAAUUUGAAGGUCCAACUAUCAUCUACUGUUCUUCCAGAAAAAUGACAGAACAAGUUACAGCUGAACUUAGGAAACUGAACUUAACAUGUGGAACGUAUCAUGCAGGCAUGGGUAUUAAAUCAAGGAAAGAAAUUCAUCAUAGGUUCUUGAGAGAUGAAAUUCAGUGUGUCGUUGCUACCAUAGCCUUUGGAAUGGGCAUUAAUAAAGCUGAUAUCCGCAGAGUCAUUCAUUAUGGUGCUCCUAAAGAAAUGGAAUCAUACUAUCAAGAGAUUGGUAGAGCUGGCCGCGAUGGACUUCCAAGUUCUUGUCAUUUACUUUGGGCUCCAGCAGACAUUAAAUUAAAUAGGCACAUCCUUAGUGAGAUAAAAAAAGAAAAAUUUCGAUUAUACAAAUUAAAAAUGAUGACAAAGAUGGAAACAUAUCUUCACUCCAGCAGAUGUAGACGACAAAUCAUCUUGUCUCAUUUUGAAGACAAAAAACUGCUUAAAGCCUCCUUAAGUAUCAUGAGAACUGAAAAAUGCUGUGAUAACUGCAGAGCAAGCUUGAGUCAUUGUUUUUCCAUUGAAGACUCAGAUGAUACAUCAAAGGACUUUGGUCCACAAGCAUUCCAACUGCUAUCUGCUGUAGAUACCUUAGGAGAGAAAUAUGGAAUUGGGCUUCCCAUUUUGUUUCUCCGAGGAUCUAACUCUCAGCGUCUUCCCAAUAAUUAUCACAGUCACAAAUUAUUUGGCACUGGCAAGGAUCAAACAGAGAGCUGGUGGAAGACUUUUUCCCAUCAUCUUAUAACUGAGGGAUUCUUGGCAGAAGUUUCUGGAUUUAACAAAUUUGCAAAGAUUUGCAAACUUACAAAAAAGGGUAGAAAUUGGCUUCAUCAGUCCAGUAAAGAUUCUCCUCAGAGUCUUAUCCUUCAAACUAAUGAAGAAUUAUGUCCAAGAAAGUUUCUUCUGCCAAGUUCUAAAACUGUAUCUUCAUUCACUGAACAGUAUACCUCUGAUGGAGUACCAAUUGAAUUAACUGCAGAGAAGUAUAAUUUGAAGAAGAUGUAUUCUUACAAAUCAUUUGAUAAAAUCUCUUCUGGGAAUAACAUUCCUAAAAAAAGUAUUAUGCUGCCUUCACCAGGAAAAUGCCUUCCUGUCUCUUGCAAGUCAGAACCUGCUGUUUCAGCCCAAGGACAAAAGAAUCAGACUAAGUUAUAUGGCAAAUUGGUAGAAGCCAGGCAGGAGCAGUCCAGUAAAAUGAAUGUUCCUCCAGCUAUUCUGGCAACAAAUAAGAUACUGCUGGAUAUGGCCAAAAUCAGGCCUACCUCAAUUGAAAAUUUGAAAAGGAUUGAUGGGGUUUCUGAAGGCAAAGCUACUAUGCUGACUGCUCUAUUGGAAGUCAUCAAACAAUUCUGCCAAACAAAUAGCCUUCAGACAGACAUUUUUUCAAGUACAGAAGAGGAAGAAGAGAAGAAGAGUCUGGUCAUGAAAAAGGAAGGAUUCUCACUUUCACAGUCUAUGCUCAUGACUUAUUCUUUGUUUCAAGAAAGGAAGAUGUCUUUAAAAAGUAUAGCUGAGAACAGAACUUUGCCUCUCACAACAGUUGGCAUGCACUUGUCCCAAGCGAUGAAAGCUGGCUACCCACUCGAUAAGGAACGAGUAGGACUGACUCCAGAGGUUCAGAAGAUUAUUGCUGAUGUUAUCCGAAACCCUCCCGUCAACUCAGAUAUAAACAAAAUUAAACUAAUUAGAACAUUGGUUCCUGCUAACAUUGACACGUACCUUAUUCACAUGGCAAUUGAAAUUCUGGAAAAAGAUGAUGACAGCAGAAUGCCGUGCCAACUUUCAUGUGAUUCCAACAAAAAGAGAUGUUUCCCCAACUCUGAAGAGAGCUGUUUACAGUCCAAGAGAAUCAAGGAAGAAGUAGACACUAAUACCAAGACUUCAGCUGAAAUCUCAAAGAGGAAACUGCCUGAAUGGUUUUCCAAGGGACAUGGAACCUUAGCUAAUACCAGCAAGAAAUCAAUGGCCAAAACAAAAAAAAAGGGUCUUUUUAGUUAA